AUGCGGCCGCUGGAGGUGGAUCCGAGGAUACUGCGCUUCCAGUUCACCAAGACGGUGCGCGUGGUCGAGGACUCCAUGGACGACAUUGUAAACCGCACGUGGGACGCGUUCCACGACCCCAAGAAGUACGCGACCAUCUACAGCACGCCCGUGGUCACGCGCGUCAUCCAGCGCGUCAGCAACGACAUGACCGUGCUGCUCCAGAACGCACCAGUGCAAGCUGGACAGCAGCGGAAUAUCCGCUACUUUAACAUCCUCGCCCGCGUGCGCGGACUCAACGCGCAGAACGAGCGCGUCGUGGCCCUUCUCAAGACCAUCGUGAACCCGAGCGAUUGCCAAGGCGCGGGUGCGGGCGCGGUCACGGCCCAGCUGCACGAGAUCGAGUGGAUGAAGCGCGGCAUCUCCUACCUGCUCCUGACCGAGGAGCCGCCGAUACCACCGGAAAGCGAGACCCGCACCGUCCGGCUGCACUACGGCUGCGACUACGAGUGCGUGAGCGAAGAGCACGCUCAGUAUCUUAUGGUGGAGGUGCUGGGCAUCGCCUGCAGGUGGAAGCACUUGGUCCUGCCAUCGCACCGCCUCACGUUCUGA